GACGACCUUGGUCAACGUGUCACUGUCAGGCUCAGACGGUGAAAGCCUCAGACCUGCCGAACGUCUAGGAGUCUAGCAGGACUAUGAGGGGUCUCCAAGUCACCAGGUCGCAGGUUCUGAUCGAAUCGUCCUUCAGAAUCGGUCCGGGCCGAGGAGCGUCAGAACUGAAGAAUGAGGUUUUCCUGCACCUGAAAUCAGAGACCAAGGGAGUUGGUUCCUUUUGACAGCAUGCUGGCGGAAGUCAACAUCCUCUGAGGGUGUCACAACUCACUGCUUAGUGUGUACUCCCAAACCACUUAGUCGCACCCAGACUCACCAGGUAUCAGAAUUAGCUUGGGGAACCAAUCAGCAGAUGCCGCACCAACCUGCGUUUAGCUUGGGUGACUUUAGCUGUGGUGGCGGAGUUCCAUGCAGAAAGCAUGAACCCAACGUGGAACUUAGUGGUUUGCCUGUAGGAGUCCUUAGCAUCUUGCGGCCUUGCUUGCAUUAAAUCACACCCCUCGUCCACCAAUCAAGCUCUUUACCCGGGGUUUUGACGCACACCCAUAUGAUCCAUGGAACAGACGACCGGCAAAGAAACACAUUUGGUGGCUUCGAAACCCUCCAGACAGGCCAGGCCAUUGGGGGCCCAUUUCACGAACUGCUCAGUGAAAACAGUUCGUUCUUUGUUGGUCCGACAGCGGAAGCAAGAUGAUAGCGUGGAGUCUUGCUCGAGCCCAGGGCGCAUGAUUUUUUGUGGCACCACAACCUCAACCCAGCCAGCUUUGCUUCCUGACACUAAGGUACCUGCAGGCCUGAAAGUCUGUCCACAAGAAAACGCUGAAAGACAAGUGGGUUCAAAGGUUUGCUUCCUGCCAAGGAUGGCAGGGGGCCGUCCCCCACUGCCGCGUCAACAGAUCUAACUAGCCGCAGCCUGGAUUGAAUAUCUGCGGGUUGGAUUCGCUCCAUGCAAUUUUGAAUCAACAUGCACACAAGGUCCAUAUGAUUUUAAAAUAUUUUAUACAAAUGCGUCCUAUGGCCUAUACGACAACGUGAUGACGGAAGGGGGCGCUUGGCUCACGCCGCCCGAAAGCAUUGCAAUGUUCAGUUGCAUGGUGGACAUCGCAGCUAAGCAUAACUCUGCACUGGUGCAGCGACGCCUUUUUCAACCGAUAGGCUUGGGAGAGACUUCACAAGCUCGAUCACGAAUGACAACCUCGAAAACAAACGUGCAAGACAUAUACAUAACCCCAUCGUGAUCAUCGUAAUCCAUCGUAACCCAUUCCAAGGUCGAACACACAUGUCCGCAUCCCCGAUGGAAUUUCCACUAGAGAAUGAGUGAAAUCUACUUUUGGGCAGUCAUUUUGUAGUAAUUUGACCUUGUGGGCAGCCCUACAUCAUCGACUGUAAUCAAUCACAAACUGACUACAAAAUGGCUGGGCUGUCCAAAAUGGCUGCCGAAGAGCAGUAAACCAAUGCGCGAUAGACGCUGGGUCAUAUGCCAUGGGUUCAGGUCUGUUCGGAACUGCAGGGCUGUCGGCACCUCGGA